CCCCAUCUUCAUUUCUCCUCAACAACUACUACUACUACAACAACAACAAAACUUUCAAACCCAUUUUCGUGUUCUAAUUCAGUCAUUUCUUCAAACACUUUCAUACUACUGUUUCAAUUUCGUUCGUUUUCGUAUGGAAAUUACCUCGUUCCCAUUUCUUAAUCAGGAGGAUUUUUUGCAUUUCUUUACUUCGUUUCAAGAAAUGGACGGUGUCAAUGUGAACGGCAACAACAACAGCAACAACAAUGACAAUAAAAAGCGGCGAAGAAAGAGCGAAGACUUCAACUACUACGACGACGACGAAGAAACCAAGAAGAAGAGCAACGGGUUUACGGAUAUACUCGCUUCAAUCAUGUUGCUUGAUGAGGAGGAGAAGCAAGAGCAAGAGCUGUGGUUCAUGGAGGAUCAGCAAGACAAGGCCUUAUUUGACUUCAACCAAGACCAAAAGACUCAUGCUAUGGACGAUUACCAUGUCCAAAUGCAAAGUCGUUACUCUGAUUUAGAACAAUUUGAUGUGUCAAGAAAAGCCAAGCGAGCUCGUCGCUCUGCUUUUGCUGUUACUUCAACAAUUGCAACAGCAGCAGCUGCAGCUACUACGGCUGAUAAUUCCGCUUCGAGUUCUCCGCCGAAGCCGGGUUCUGCAGGCACACCCCACCGCAGGUUGUGGGUGAAGGACAGGUCUAAAGACUGGUGGGAUCAGUUUAGCAGUCCGGAUUUUCCAGAUGAGGAGUUUCGCCGCGCCUUUCGGAUGAGCAAGGCGACGUUUCAAAUGAUCUGUGAUGAAUUGGAUUCGGUUGUCAUGAAGAAAAACACAAUGUUGCGUGAUGCCAUUCCUGUCCGCACGCGUGUUGCUGUGUGCAUAUGGAGAUUGGCUACUGGGGAGCCAUUGAGGCUUGUGUCUAGGCGAUUCGGGUUGGGCAUUUCGACUUGCCACAAGCUUGUUCUCGAGGUUUGUUCGGCUAUUAAGGGUGUUCUGAUGUCGAAAUUUCUUCACUGGCCUGAUGAGAAUAAGGUUGAGGUUGAUAAGGAAGAGUUUAAAUCGAUUUCGGGGAUACCAAAUGUUGGUGGUUCAAUGUACACUACUCAUGUUCCUAUUAUAGCGCCCAAGAAUAACGUGGCUUCUUAUUUUAAUAAGAGGCAUACGGAGAGGAAUCAGAAGACAUCGUAUUCGAUUACGGUUCAAGGGAUUGUUGAUCCUAAAGGUGUGUUCACUGAUGUUUGUAUUGGUUAUCCUGGUUCUAUGUCUGAUGACCAGGUGUUGGAGAAGUCUGCUUUGAGUCAGAGAGGGAAUAUGGGGCUUUUGAAGGAUGUUUGGAUUGUUGGGAAUUCUGGUUACCCAUUGACGGAUUGGGUUUUGGUUCCUUAUACACACCAAAACCUCACUUGGUCUCAGCAUGCUUUCAAUGAGAAGAUUGGGGAGGUUCAAAGGGUUGCUAAGGAGGCAUUUGCGAGGUUGAAAGGAAGGUGGUCUUGCUUGCAGAGGAGAACAGAGGUGAAACUCCAAGAUUUGCCAGUGGUUCUUGGGGCUUGUUGUGUGUUGCAUAAUAUCUGUGAGAUGAGAAAUGAAGGGCUGGAACCAGAGCAGAGGUAUGAGAUUUUUGAUGAUGAAAUGGUUGCUGAGAAUGGUUUGAGGUCUGCGAAUGCUAUACAGGCUAGAGAUCAGAUUGCUCAUGAUUUGUUACAUCAUGGCCAAGCAGGCACUCGUUAUAGUUGAACAUUAUUAUAGUUGGUUAUAGUUAGUUAGAGUUUCAUGUAUUGUGCUUUGUCUUUGAUUGUUGUCAUUCUUUUUAGCUAUGGCUUCUCGUAGUCAUAUGUGUACAAUAAAAGGAUCGGGUUUUUGUGUA